AUGGAUGUUGUAAAAGAGACCAGUCUUAUAGUGCAGGCUCUCAGUUCAACACAGAUAACUGUGCUGACCCAGACUGGUAAGAACAGCACUCUUUGCUCAGGGUCACGUGAGCUGAGAGAUAAUCUAAAGCUGUAUGCUGCCACAGAUGCCACCUUCCCCCCCUCCGUCGCAGCGCCUGAAGUCAGCUCUCAGAGACAGCACUUAGACUGCCGCCAAGCAGCUGCUCCCGCCGUGAAGGAACGGUGCCUCCCAAACUCGGCCUCUCCUCAGAGCCUCGCCGACGUUUCCCAGCGCCCCGCCCAAGUGUCCUCCACCCAUGCCAUCUCCCUGACGUCCUCCGUCGCCAAGGGCGUGAGUCCCUGGUCCCAGCCAGAGGAUUGUAACGGGGCACCCUUUGCCCUGAUGGAGCCGGUGGGCGUGUCCGCUCUGAGCGAAGACUGCCUGAUCCAGCAGAGCCGAACCUGCUUGGGCUGCUUCAUCGAACCCAAGGACGGCGACGCUGGCAUGAGCCUCAAGAUCUCAGACGUGAGUCGGGAGUACGAGUCGUGCGGCAUGUCUGAUAUGGGGAUGCAGUGCAUGGGCACGGGAGAAACGGGUCACUACGGGGAACAGCUGCUGUCUGACCAGCUCCUGAGCUUCCCCGUGUCCAAAUCCCAGCUGGCCGAGAAGAAAGAGGCGGAGAAGGCAGACAACGAUUCAGAUGACCCAGCUUCCAAAAACCUGUACGAGGGCCUGCUUCUGGACAAGUGCAGUGGAGAGGAGGCUCUGCUUGCCAACACAAACCAAGACUGGGGGUACUUUGAGUCCUUCAUCACCGAGAGUAAAAUGGAACUGCUGGACCUGUGCUCCAAAAAUGAGCUGUCAGUCAACCUUUUCUCUGAAGAAGAUGUGGACAAUUACAUGUUUGACGAUGACGACGACUCCACGUUGAGCAGUGAUGUAUGCUCUCUGAAGAUCCGCUACGAGUCUUUUCAGGACAACAUGAGGGAGAAGACCAACGUCCUGCAGGAGGAGACGCAGUUCAACUUUUUCCCCAGCGUCGUGGUCAACUGCACGAGGAAAGAGGGUGGGGUAGUGAAGAAGAAUGAUGAUCUUCAGCCAAAAGCAGAGGAGCUUGUUCUCCUAGAAAACGAUGCCAAGGGGGAUCAGAAUGACAGCUCCGCAGAUCAGUUUCCUGAUUACAGCCCUAAAAUGAACUACUUCAUCGACUUCAGCAACUCGACCGAAGACUCAGAGGAGUACAGCGAUGACAGCUCCUCCUGCACAGGCUCCUCUUUUGACGCUUUCCAAGACAGCAAACACAGAAACUCAUUUUCCCGAAAGAACGUGUCCUCCUCCAACCACCUCAACUACGGGUUGCGGGCGAAGAGAAAAGUGAGAUACAGCGAGGACUACCUGUACGACGUCGAUUCGAUCGACAGCGAGAAGAACACCGAGAAACGCGAGAGGCCGCCUGCCGGGCCGAAAGAGGAAGAGGACGACGACUGGUGUCCUAAAAAAAGGAGAAAAUCCCCGCGUAAGGAGACUCCAGUGAUAAUCAAAUACAUUAUCAUCAACAGGUUCAAAGGAGAGAGACACAUGUCUGUGAAGCUCGGAAAGAUUGAUCCAACAGUCACGACUGUAAGCUUAAAUGAAGACACAGUGGGUGCCUAUGAGAAACUAGCUCCUCUGAAGGAUUUCUGGCAGCAGAGACAGAGGGAGCGCGAAGAGCAGCUUAAGCUGGCAGCAGGAGAUAAACCUCAUUUCCAUCUUAACGGCCGGCAUCGAUCCUUUGGUCCCAGUCCCCCGAAAAGGAAACACAAGUUUGCAAACAGACUCAGGAUUCAGAGGAUUCACACUGUGGAGCGACCUCCCAACAAACAAGGCUUUUCCCUCUCUGAACCGGGGCAAGGAGGCGGCGCUGGAGACGAGACAGGCGCUACGGGGAGUCCAUUAACGACGGCAGCGUGUUCUGUGAGGGCUGCGGAAUCAGAUCUAAAUGACAUCACGCACACCGAGACGCAAAAGAGCAGAUCACAGGAGAGGGAGGAGAGGACAUUUGGAAGCAAGAUAGUCCGAAUACGGAAAUUCAAAAGCGAGGCUAGACUGAGGAGCAAGAAAAUGAGACACUUAGAGGAAUGUGGCGAGACCGUGACGAAUCUGACAGAAAUCAGUCCUGUGCUGGAAAAUAAGGAGUCAGCAGGUAGCGGGAAAAGUACAGAGAUCAGCUCAGCCACACAAAGUCCCCACUUGUGUGAUAAUCAGUCUGCUGACACCCCUGAAAAAUUUCCCCUCAUAUCUGCCACGCGCUCUCCCGACAAAGGUUCGACGUCUGAGGACAUGGCUCAGAACGUGCCGGUUAUUCCCGGGGGCUACCUGCAGACGUUGUUAGAUGCAUCCGAUUCCUCCGGCAGCACGGGGAUCUCUUAUUUCGCACAGCAGCCCGCAAGGCAAUACUCCCUGGGUCUGGCCCUGGAUGAGAAACAGUUCAGCUCUCUACAGCUUCCCCAGAGCUGUGUACUCUCCCCUCCCUCCGAAUCUGAGCUACAGCAGUCACCCCAGAACUGUACCAGUUUCACCCAAAUGUGGCCUCCUCAGCUCUGCCCUAACCAGCAGUUCGCCACAGAUAUUCCAGAGACCACAGUCUUGUCCAACAACUUCCCCAGUACCUUGCCCGUGCCCGUGCCCGUGCCCGUGUCAGACAACCUGGUUGUGUCAGGAUAUAGCCAGCUGAGCAUGGAGAACAGAAUCCUGUAUGAGAAGAAUUACAUGCCUGAGCAGCCUCUUCCGUCUGACACAGAGUUUCAGGCAUGUCAGCUCCCCUGUAUGGAGGGCCAGAUACAGUUUCAGAGAGGCACUCUGCACGCUGACAACGGAAGACUCCUCAGCUUGAGCCCAGCUGGCCCGCUGUCAGCUACCUCCAGCAAUUACAGCUCUCAGAGCCUCAAGUCCUGUGAAAAGGACGGUGAAGAGGACGUGAACGAAAACUUUCUGGCUCACUGCAGUCCCAAACUGGUGAUUCAGCAAAGCACCGAUGCAAUCACGCCCCUGAGGGAGUCCACAGAUUUGCUCGAUAUCUCAAACUUCACUCCUGAUAAAUUUAGGCACACGUCACUGUCUGAGCUCUCCCCUCCAGAGACGCCCAAUUUGUCCCCUCAGGUCAGAGGGCGGGAGAUGAAAAUUGUAGGGAAAGCGAAGGACUUCCAGGAUAGGGCUGAGAUGACAACGGAUCGUACCACGGAAAUUAAAUGGAAUUGCAGCGUUAUGGAGCAACAGAACCAUCCAUCUGAAUACACGGUGGAUAAUCUACAGUUUCAGUUGCACUCUUUUGAUGAUGAGGACAGUUUGUGUCUGGAUAAUAAGGAAAUGAGUCAAGCCAAACGUGAGGAGGAAGCAGGUGAGAUGAUCUACGGAGCAAAGGGCACGAAAUCGAAAAGGAAAAACAGCAGUAAGCCGACGGCCGGACAAGGUGCUAAAAAGAGUUCCAAAGUUCCCAGAACAGCGAAGACCGAGAAGGGCAAAAACCCGCGACAGAAUUCACGAACGUCCAAAAAAAUAAAGGCCAUGCUCGAUGGGAAGGCUAGCAAAUGCCAGGCCGGUAACUCCACGUUUCCACCUAACCACGUGACCGAAAACGGCCCUGAGGACCGGCCUGGCCCAGGCUGGUCAGAGGGCGGCGGUCGUGCGGACGACGACCAGAGAGAGUUCGAAGAGCCGUCCAACAUUUUGUCCAACAUCGUGUCCGGGAUGGCGGAAGUGCAGCGCUUCAUGAUGGCGUCCGUUGAGCCCACGUGGGGUCCUGCUGCCGGUGUUUCCUUCCCCGCGGAGGCAAACAGCCUCAAGUUAAAAACGCUCAAAAUCCUGGCAGGGACGUCGCACGACCCCAAGAAGAAGGGUGCCGUCUCCGCGGGGGGCGCAAAAGGAAGGAAAGCUGGAGGCAAAAGCAACAAAAACCAGGCCAAGUUCAACGCCUCCCACCCCCUCUUCCCCCAGCUGGCGCUGGGCUACAGCGUGUUGGACAGGCCCAGUCUCGCCGUGCCCGGCAUCACGGGACCCGCGCACAAAAAGAUGUACCGCCACAAAACGAGCGCCAAAUUCCCAAGGAUCGAAAACCUUAAGGGCAAGAGAGCUGAACGUGAUCCGAAUAAGGACAUAGCGUUAAUGGCCUCUUUUGAAAAACUGAGGUAA